UGCUGGAAGAUGAUGAGUACAUGAGGAGGGAGGCUCUGAACCUGCUUCUCUGCUGCGGGAUUGUCUCUCCCUCCCUCUCUCCCCCUCUCCCCGCUCCUGUGUGUUUGGCUCCCCGGCUGUGUGUGCGCGUACACUGUGUAUAUAUAUGUGAGCUGGGAGGUUAUUGCAAGCUUCUCUCAGCAGCGCUGCUCUGUACAGGAAGAACGGCUCAGCUGCAGUGGUAGCAUCAACAGCAGCGUUAGCAGCACCAGAGGCUUUUCCGCCUUUCUCCCUUCCCUUCAUCUCCAUCUCCCUUUCCCUCCCUCUCCCCUGUCUUUUUGGGGAUUGGUUUUCCUUUUUUUCUGUUUUUCUCUUCUACAAUCCUUCUUGUUUGACACUUCGUGGAUUUUUUUUUCUUUUUUUUUUUUUCCCCCCCUUUUUUUUUACAUUUCCUCUGAGAAGGAGGCACAGACACACACACAGAGAAACACAGAGAAUAAGGGAAAGAAAAGUACCAGGACUUAUCCUGCCGCUGCAAACCCAGAGAUAGCAGACGAAGAGGGGGGUUGGCUUCUACCCCAAGGUAAAGCCCUGCCCCCUUUACCUCUUCACCACCUCCUCCGAGAAAGAGAAGGAGAGAGAGAGAGAAGGGGGCAAAGUGGAGAACAGCAGGUCUUCUGCGGCUGGCAUUGGGAGUACAGGGAGCCAGGAAGUGAAGGAUGCUUGUGGUUACCCGAGCUGGCUGCAGGGCAGCUCUCUUCCUCUGGAUUUUCAGCAGCAUUAGCUGCAGAGCCAGGACUGCUCUGCCUGCAUCUCAGAAGUGUGAUGAGCCUUUGGUCUCAGCGUUACCCCACUCCUCCUUCAGCAGUUCAUCAUCUAUGACAAGCAGCUAUGUACCUGGGUAUGCCAAGUUAAACAAGAGAGGAGGUGCAGGAGGUUGGUCUCCAUCAGACAGUGAUCAUUAUCAAUGGCUGCAGGUGGAUUUUGGGAGCAGGAAGCAGAUCAGUGCUGUUGCAACUCAAGGCAGGUACAGCAGUUCUGACUGGGUCACUCAAUAUCGGAUGCUCUAUAGUGAUACAGGAAGAAACUGGAAACCAUACCACCAAGAUGGAAAUAUCUGGGCAUUUCCUGGAAAUACAAACUCUGAUAGUGUGGUCCGGCAUGAUUUACAACAUCCAGUUAUUGCUCGAUAUGUACGGAUAGUUCCUUUGGACUGGAAUGAAGAGGGACAAAUUGGGUUAAGAAUCGAAGUCUAUGGCUGCUCCUAUUGGGCUGAUGUUAUCAAUUUUGAUGGCCAUGUAGUGUUACCAUACAGAUUCAGGAACAAGAAAAUGAAAACACUGAAAGAUGUCAUCUCUCUGAAAUUUAAAACCUCUGAAAGCGAAGGUGUAAUCUUCCACGGAGAAGGACAGCAAGGAGACUAUAUCACCUUGGAACUGAAGAAAGCCAAGCUUGUUCUAAACUUAAAUUUAGGCAGCAACCAGCUUGGCUCUAUUUAUGGCCACACAUCCGUGAUGACAGGCAGCCUCUUGGAUGAUCACCACUGGCACUCCAUCAUCAUAGAGCGCCAUGGGAGAAACAUCAAUCUCACCCUUGACAGACACAUGCAGCACUUCAGAACCAAUGGAGAAUUUGAUUACUUGGACCUGGAUUAUGAGAUAACCUUUGGAGGCAUGCCGUUUUCUGGGAAGCCAAGUUCUAACAGCAGGAAAAAUUUCAAAGGCUGCAUGGAGAGCAUCAACUACAAUGGCAAUAAUAUCACUGACCUUGCCAAAAGGAAGAAAUUGGAACCUUCUAAUGUGGGAAAUUUAAGUUUUUCUUGUGUGGAGCCACAUACAGUGCCUGUCUUUUUCAAUGCAACCAGUUACCUUGAGGUUCCUGGUCGUCCAAGCCAGGACCUGUUUUCAGUCAGUUUCCUUUUCCGAACCUGGAAUCCCAAUGGACUUCUUGUCUUCAGCAACUUUGCAGAUGACCUGGGGAACGUUGAGAUCGACAUAAAUGAGGGCAAAGUCAGUGUCCAUAUCAAUGUCACCCAAGUAAAGAAGAACCGAAUAGACAUCUCAUCAGGCUCUGGUCUCAAUGAUGGGCAGUGGCAUGAAGCCCGAUUCCUAGCUAAGGAAAAUUUUGCUGUCCUCACCAUUGAUGGCGAUGAAGCUUCAGCUGUUCGAACAAACAGCCCUCUACAGGUUAAGACUGGAGAGAAAUACUUCUUUGGAGGGUUUCCUGUACAGAUGAAUGACUCGGAUCACUUGCUAUUCCAGCAUUCAUUUCAAGGGUGCAUGCAGUUUAUUCAUGUGGAUGAUCAGCUGGUGGAUUUACACGCAGUGGAGCAAGGCCAACUGGGAAGCUUUGCCAAUGUCACCAUUGACAUGUGUGCCAUUAUUGAUCGGUGUGUGCCCAAUCACUGUGAACAUGGUGGCAAAUGCACCCAGACGUGGGACAGCUUCAAGUGCACUUGCGAUGGAACUGGAUACAGUGGUGCCACUUGUCAUAACUCCAUUCAUGAACUCUCUUGUGAAGCAUACAAACACUUGGGCAAAACUUCGAAUUACUACUGGAUAGAUCCAGAUGGCAGUGGGGCACUGGGACCUUUGAGAGUUUACUGCAACAUGACAGAGGAUAAAGUAUGGACAACUGUGUACCAUGAUCUGCCAGUGCAGACUUCUGUGGGAGUACAGUUAUCUGUACUGCAGCUCAACUACAGUGCGACGAUGGACCAGAUUUCUGCCAUUACCAGUAGUGCUGAAUACUGUGAGCAGUUCAUCUCCUAUUCUUGCAAGAUGUCCCGGUUGCUGAAUACACCAGAAGGGAAUCCAUACACCUGGUGGGUUGGCAAAGCCAAUGAGAAGCACUACUACUGGGGCGGAUCAGGACCUGGCAUUCAAAAAUGUGCCUGUGGCAUUGAACGCAACUGUACAGAUCCCAAGUACUACUGCAACUGUGAUGCUGACUAUAAGCAAUGGAGAAAAGACACCGGGAUGUUGUCAUACAAAGAGCACCUACCAGUGAGUCAGAUAGUGGUUGGAGACAUUGACCGGCCUGGGUCUGAAGCCAAGGUAUCUGUGGGUCCCGUGCGUUGUCAAGGAGAUCGGAAUUACUGGAAUGCAGCAUCUUUUGUUACUUCAUCAUCCUACCUUCACUUCUCCACUUUCCAAGGGGAAACCAGCGCAGACAUCUCCUUCUACUUUAAAACAUCUGCUUCAGAUGGGGUGUUUCUUGAGAAUCUGGGGAACACUGACUUUAUCAAAUUGGAGCUGAAAUCUGCUACGGAGGUUUCCUUUUCAUUUGAUGUUGGAAAUGGGCCUGUGGAAAUCAUCGUUAGAUCUCCCAACCAGCUCAAUGAUGAUCAGUGGCAUCGUGUCAAUGCUGAGAGGAACGUCAAGCAAGCCAGCCUGCAGGUAGACCAGUUACCCAUGGAGGUCCGGAAAGCACCAACAGAAGGCCACACGCGGCUGGAAUUGUACAGCCAGCUCUAUGUCGGUGCUGCGGGAGGGCAGCGAGGCUUCCUGGGUUGCAUUCGUUCUUUAAGGAUGAACGGAGUGACACUGGACCUGGAAGAGAGGGCGAAAGUCACGCCAGGGGUGAAGCCCGGCUGCUCUGGCCACUGCACGAGCUAUGGGAUGUACUGUGCCAACGGUGGGAAGUGUGUUGAGAAAUACAACGGGUACUCCUGUGACUGCUCCAGAACUGCCUAUGAUGGACCAUUUUGCAUUAAAGAUGUUGGAGCAUUUUUUGAAGAGGGAAUGUGGCUUCGUUACAACUUCCACUCCCCAGGGACUAGCAUGAAGGAUUUAGUGAGCCGAACACUUUUGAGUUCUCCAGAUACCGAGACCACAGAGCCUGACCUGAACUUGAAUAAAGAAGAGCUCAGCUUCAGCUUCAGUACCACCAAGUCCCCUUGUGUUUUAUUGUACAUCAGCUCCUACACCCAGGACUUCAUGGCUGUGCUUGUCAAGCCGUCUGGGAAUCUGCAAAUUCGGUACAGCCUUGGAGGCACCAAAGAGCCAUAUAACAUUGAUGUCGACCACAGAAACAUGGCUAAUGGACAGCCCCAUACUGUUAACAUCACACGAAAUGGACGGGACAUAGUACUGCAGCUUGAUCACUAUCCUCCAGCGAGUUACAGCCUGCCAGCAGCAUCUGAUAUUCAGUUCAAUUCCCCAAAGGCGCUAUUCCUAGGAAAAGUAAUAGAAAUUGGGAAGAUUGACCAAGAUAUAUAUAAAUACAACACCCCAGGAUUCACUGGCUGCCUAUCCAGAGUACAGUUCAACCAGAUCGCUCCGCUCAAAGCAGCUCUGAGACCUACCAACGUCUCCUCUCACGUCCACAUCGAAGGGGAACUGGUGGAAUCCAACUGCGGAGCAUCUCCACUCACCAUCCCACCAAUGUCGGCCGCUACCGACCCGUGGCACUUAGACUCAGCCAGUGCUGAUUUCCCAUACAACGGUCAAGCUAUAGGAGAUGGAGUUAACAGGAACUCUGCCAUUAUUGGAGGUGUCAUCGCAGUGGUGAUCUUCACCAUCCUCUGCACCUUGGUGUUCCUGAUCCGCUACAUGUUCCGCCACAAGGGAACCUACCACACCAACGAGGCCAAAGGGGCAGAGUCAGCCGAGAGCGCCGAUGCUGCCAUCAUGAACAAUGACCCCAACUUCACAGAGACCAUCGACGAGAGCAAGAAGGAAUGGCUUAUCUAAGCGCAGGGGGACGGGGCCUGGGGUGGGAUACGAGCUGGGCCAGGGUGGGACUGGGAUGACUCUUACAGUGGGGAGAGAACACUGUGCGUCAGACACUUGAGCACACGUACAGUAAAAAGAUCAGCACAACUGGAGGAGCAAGUGACAGGAAAGCACCACUGAGACUGGAGGAAAAAAAAGAGUAUCUCAAGCAUUUAAGAAAAAACACUUUUCCGUAUUUAUUUACAGCGAAUUGCAACUUCCAUAUCCAAACAACUACAACAACGAGCAGUUUUGCAGCAUCAGCAUUGGUUACAGUUUUGAGUAGUACCUGUCCGUUUCUGUGUGUGUUUAGAAGUGUUCUGGAUACCCGCAGUGAGCAAUGGGGCUGGUUUCUUACAUGUUUUAAAAGCUGUUUCAGUCGUGGGUAGUCCUGUCCUGAGAACAAGUGCCAGACCUUUCUUCCCACUGUUGUGUUCCUUCAUGAGCACUUCCACCUCCCCACAGGCUGCCCCCAGCCCUGCACCUUGACCAUAUCACCAUCCAUUUUGGUGGUGUCGAAGGGAGGGCUCAGAGCUGGGGGUAAAGCAGGGGAGUGAAGAUUAAUGCAGAUCUAGCUCACCAGUUUCUCAGCGUAUCAUCAGCCCUGACAGGAUCCAUCUUCUUGACCCAGGCACUUCGUUGAUCGCAUACAAUUCUCAUCAGCAAUGUAAAAGUACUGUUACUACAACUGCUACUACUACCACCAGAGAGAAUGAUCACAAAGCACAGGAAGCUGGGGGGGGGGGAUGUUGUAUUAUUAUUGUUGUUAUUAUUUUGUUGGUCUCUAAGGGAGGUUGAUGCUGUGUGAGUCUGUUCCUGUAUCUUUGGCUAUGGCACUGUUGACCUGCGACACAUGCCAGUUAAAACUCAGCUCUGCCUGUGACAUAUUGGCAUAUACAGUACUUAGGCAUAAGCAUUGUAAUAGGGAAUUAGAGCCAGACUUUGUUUGUUUCUGUUUCUUUUUUUAUAGGCUGUUGAAGAAAUAUUAGUACAGCUCUAGUUAAUGCAUUUGAACCCAUGGGCUUCACAUAACACUUUUUUCCAACUCUACAGAGCAGUUUAUUCUUUAAAUCCUUUGUUUCAGUCCCUUUGCAAGGAAAGCCUCUGCUGGCAGUGUUCACACAGGCAGGAAGGUGAGGCAAAGGAGGCUUGGAAACCAGAGAGCAUGUGAGGAACACACAGGACACAGUGGAGAGUUUCUUUUCAAUGCAGAGAUUUACCUGAACUCUCUUGCUGUAAGGCCUUUUUAAGAGUAGCAAGGCCAAUGCCAAGUGCAGCAUCACACCCCAUGUUCCCUGUCAGACUGGUGAGGUUGUAGAUGUGACUUGAGAAGCAGUGUAGGGAAGGCAAAGAGGCAGCCUGAAGACCUAAAUCAUUUGAUGGCAAUAACAUAGCUUUAGCUUGUCCUCUUGUAGCGGAGCAUGGUUCUCCAGUGGUCUGAUUUGACAGGAAUUUAAGGCCUUAAUGGGCAGGUUUUUGCAGUGGAACAGAAUGAAGGAAUGAAUGUAAGGCAGGGCAUUUGCUGUGUGCUGAAAGAACAGAAACAACACCAGGACUUUCCCUUUAAAGGUAUUUAUGCUCAUGACAGUCUUAGAGUUGCUUUAAUAUUGCUGGGUUUUGUAUGCACAGAUUUAAUCCAUUUUUCUGUUCAAGAAGGAUUUAUUUCUCACCCAGAUCUGCAACCUACUAGGCUGAGCAGUGCUGGCAUCUUAAAUUUCCUUAUCUUUUUGGUUGCAUCUUUCAUUAUUCUAGUUGGUGCAUUAAAAUGAA